AUGAGCGUCGCCACACCUGAAGUUUCGGCCUCAUGGUCUUACCCACCCUUCAGUCAAUUACAAAACAACACCGACUGCAAUAUCACAACGGAUUAUAUCGCAGAUAGCGUGCUAUUGAUAGCCCAUGGUCAAUACCUGACCAACCGCAAGCUGGGAGAUACCGGCCUCUUGACUGACUGGCUAGACUCUCUGGUUCCCACUGGCUACGGCGGGCUCCCCGUCACUGACCCUGACGGCAACUACAGCUCCUUAAACGACGCGCUUUUGCAUGAGGAACUCCUGCUGCUGUGGUAUUACGGGGUUUGGCUGAAUGACACAGCCCUUGCCAACUUAUCGGAAACCGAAACGACAGCCUAUUACGAGAUAGAAAACCAAACAAACAAUUUCGCCUACAGUUGUAUCAAUGAAGCAACACGGGAGAAGAUGAUUUGCGACAAGCUCGAUAUUCAAGGAGACCCAGACGUUUCUGGAAGAGGGAUGAUGCUGGCAUAUUAUAUUCUUAUUGGUCUAACAAUCGUCUAUUUCUUUACACUGAUUUUUGACCGAACGCGUCUUCCAAAGACCAAACCAACUCAAAUUGUGCGCUCCAAUACCUUUAUCGAAAGAUAUGGACACAGGGCUAUUACGGCACUGCGACAGACUGUCAGCAGCUUCCUGGUCGCCGCGUUGGUCUUUGCAACCGCAAUGCUUGGUGCCACUGUCGCCCGCUACUACGCCUACUUGAGAGAUCGCAACGACGUUGACGCUGAUGAUGUGUCAUUUUACACAUGGCUAGGGUCGGCAGCCAUGUCCUCCUUCUGUGUUUUUCCUUGUUUGGUAUUACAGACUGUCACGGACAUAUCACUCUCGCGCUAUUCAAGGCUAUUCCUUUGGUGCGCUGUCAUCAGUCUUGCUGCCGCGGUCUGGGCACUAUCCAUUCCAAGUAUCGAUCACUUCUUCGAACUUGCACAGGCAUAUGGUCGUUACGAAACAUGGUAUUAUAGUAACACGACUUACGAGUUGUCCCAGCAGGACUGGGACUUGUUGACUAACAACGAUACCAUGUACCAGACUGGCAUCUACAGGGCCAUGAUAUGGGAAAACCAUUGCGAUACGAGCAAGUUGAAAGACCGAUUACGGAUACUUCUCACAAUUGGCCUUUGUAUACAGGCGCCGGGGUUCAUUUAUUGUCUUUUUGCCAGUCUUGCCGCCAUUAUAUCACAUUCACACUUACCGCCGCUUUCUUGGCUCUGGAAACACAUCGAGCCUUUCUCGGAACCAAUCAGGCGGGUCAACAGGAUUGCGCGCCCUAUAAUAGGGUUCAUCUAUCUUGUUGCGGCAUUGGUAUUCCUAGAGUCCUUUAUCGAGUACCGAAAUGUCGCCAAAAGGCUUGCGCCAAGCACAGACACAGAUACGGACUGGAGCUUUGGUCAGAUACUUGCUCUGGCGCAAUGGGCUCCCAGGAACGAGCACAAACAAGAACACAAAACCGAAAGAUAA